AUGCGUGCUGGGAAGUCGUCAGCCAGCGAGCAACACCAAGGCUUCGCAGUCGAAAUCGAGAAUUACGCUGUUCUUAGGGAGGUGGUGUGCAAGAGCAACUGGGACUGUAAUAAAAACUUGUCUCUGAAACCGGCUGUUUCAAGUCUUGGAAAGCAUAAACCGGCGUGUCCGCGGGGGAUUUUACGGGGAUGGAUUCAGACAAACUUAAUGGACAGGAUAGAGGACAGGGUGUUACUUGUACCGAUCCCGAACUGCCUGCCUAACAUAAACCUGAUAGUUAGAGUUAAAUAUAACCUCUCCGGGUACGGCCAGGCACCGGAGCCGGGACAUACAGAGAUUUAUUUCUCCAUCGCGAUUCGUGACGAAUUCUCCGCUAUGUAUAAGGUAGAAGAAGGCAAUAAUGUUUCUAAGAAGACUGAUGAAUGGUGA